CGAGCUGAGACUGCGCGAGGUCAGACCCAGCCGGCUGUCUGGCGGGCGUAGCAGCUGGCUGGUGCGGGCUGGCUGUCCACAAUCGUCGGUGCACUGGUCAUCCGUCAUACAUACUACCACCCUGCCCUCCAACCUCGACCCGAUGCUGCUACUACUGACUCUCACAUGUCCAGCCUUGUAACUGACCUUCAUGCCACCCGACUCUCUCUCUCUGUACAUGACUUGAGACACUCGCCCUGUUGCUGCCACAGCACCCACGAUAACAAUGCAGAGCACUACUACCGCCACGACCCAGUACCUACAAGUGCCCAAGUUCCUGGCAACCAAGAAGGCUCGCUCGAGGUCGAGAUCAAGAGGUCCGAUGGAAGUGCAAAGUCAAGUCUCGUCGCCAACGCAGGUCAUCGUCUCUCCACAGAAGCUUAGCUUCCGAUCUUCGUCCCCUCCUAAACCGUUUCGUCCGGAGCCAUACCGAAGGCCAUCUUCAAGUAGUGUAUACUCCAACAAGAUGGCAAUUGAUUCAACGCCAUACUUGCUAAGCAAUCCACCUUCUCCGACCACAUCCGAACGAAGAGACUCCCUAAUGAGUGAUGCCACUGGUACGAAUUACGACGAUCUGAACGAAGGACUAUACUUCCGAGAGCCCACUCCCACACCACCGCCCGAGCUCCCUCUUCGACAGAAGCUAAUUGGAGCCUGGAAGCUCGAAUCAUAUAUUGCAUACCCAACGCCAAAUUCAUCUAACCAAAGACCAACAUAUCCUAUGACGAAGAACGUCACCGGCUUCAUCAUGUACACACCGGAUGGGUACAUGGCAGCACAGAUGCUCAUACCCGGUCAACAAAGCUUCAAGCGAGGAGAAGGAGAAGAGCCACAGUGGGCAGAGGCAGGCAAGCGGUGUUUUGCCUACUGUGGUCCGUAUUACAUCACGAAUGAAGGUCGAGGUCGCGAAGAGGUCCUGCGUCACACCUUCCAAUGUUGUAGCUUACCAGGUUGGAUCGGAGACAUUCAAAUCCGAACCCAUCGCUUCGAGGAAGACGGACAGGUCCUCGUCCUCGGCAGCGAGGAGCCUACAGAAGUCAAGGGUGAUAAACGUAUCCCUGUCCUCAAAUGGCGGCGAGCAGCCAACAAUGAAAAUGGUACCCCGCCGCCGCCGAUGCCACAGAUCAAGGUUAGCGGACCUGGUGAGCCGUGAAGGAAUUAUCACAAAAUCAGAGGUAACCUUCAAGCACACACAGACUCAAGCUCCGAUCGGCUAUCGAGUUGAGCGACACCACUAGUAGUGUCUCCUCACACGUCCGACAUACGCGCAAAGUCCUAUCUGGCAUUGCUUUUUGUCUUUGAGCAACCUUUUUUCCACAAACGGCAUAGCAAGCGGCGGGAGUUAUCUGACUUUCAAGGAGUCCUUUUUGGCGUUUUGGGCUGUGAGAUUGGGAAAUACCACGAUCUUCGCCAACAAAGCACAAUGAAGCGUUACAAGCAAAGCACAGAAACCAUCAGAACGUUGUUGUAUUGUGGGCAAAUCCUGGCUGAGCCGGAAGUGUUGCAGCCUCACGACAAUGACUCGCGCGAAUUGACUAGUUAUCUCUGUUCUCUAGGAUACUGUCUAAAGUUAAUGAAUCAAUCAAAAGGCCAAGGGACCGACAAGAUUAGAAUCAUCUUCUGCCCUUCAACACAACUUUUCCUACUGCGGUUCUUUCAACGUCUCCCCAUCAAUCUGCCACAAACACAAUAACUUGUCAUAGAAGCUCGUGCUGACGAUCGUUGUCGUCUGCAGCGGGUUCUCAACAUCGCUUCUGG